AUGUCGAAGCUGGCCGCCAGUCAAACGCUCUACAGCGUCCUGGGUGUGAACCGACAUGCCGACAACACUCAGAUUCGGCAAGCUUACCGACACCUGGCGCUCGCCACACAUCCUGAUAAGGGUGGGAGUGCCGGUGAGUUCCUCAAGGUGGUGGAGGCCUUCGAGGUCUUGUCAGAUGCCCAGAAGCGUGCCACCUAUGACGAAGAUCUGCAGAGAACUGGAAGUCAAGACGGACGCGGUAUUCAGGCAGCAGCUGACAGGAGGCGCGCAGAGGCAGAGGCCGCGCAGGCCCAAGCAGAUGCUUUUGGGCUGCCGGACCUGGGUAAAACCGAUCCGGACCAGAAGCCUUGUGAAGGCUGGGGCACCACAGAGGAGACAAAGCGAGCGAAGGCCCUGUGGUUAGAGCUUCUAGACGAAUCGGCAAAAAGGAGAGCUGAGAAAGUCUUGGAGCUGUCGUGCCGGGCAGCAGAAGUCCUGUUGGCAUACGCGCGCUCCAACGCCUGCCUUGGAGGUGCUCCGAUGGUGGGACUGGACACUGCCGGUGGUGCCAUAACAGCAUCCACAGAGGCCGUCGACGAUGUCCGUGCGAAGGGCAUGGUAGUUACAGAGGACGAGGGCUGUGGCACCUCCCUGCUCGCAAUGCCUGGAGCGACCCAGGACAAAGGCCACGAUCAACUCGAGCGCGGCGCAGACCAGCUUGAGCACCCUGCGAAGCGUAGGCGCACAGGUGUGGAAGCGGUGAUCCCUGGCAGUGGUGGCUCCCGAGCUUGGAUAUGCCUAGGGAGGCUGAAGAUAUGCACAGGGGCCUCUGGAGAUGUCGCAGAAGCAAUCAACUGGCACAUUCUUCUCAUCAGAGUGAAGCAGCUGUUCAACGAGCUCACGGCUCGGGGUCAGCCCUUUGCAUCUGCAGUUCGUCGAGCGGUAUCCGCUGCUCUGGCCGAGAGGGAUGCUGAAG